CAGGGCAGCUUUGUUCUUGGCUGCAGCCUGGCCGGCUGGGGCUGCUCACUUCUCCCCACGGAAGUAUCUUCUCCCUUCCCUGUUUUUCUGCUUCUCACACACUUUCUAUUCCAUUCUGUGAGUUUCCAGCCUUACCUUCUGGCUGUAGAUAUUUAGUUAUUUCUUUUAAAUCUCUCUCUCUCACUCUCUCCCCACCCCCGCACCCUGGCCUGGGAAAAGACUUAUAUUUUAUUAAGUCCUGUUCAGAGACCGAAAGUGCUAGAAUCUGGGGGAAGGGCAGGUGGGUUGCUGACUGGUGGCCCCCAAGAGGAGUCUGAGGCUGGCAUCUUCUCUGGACCCUGCUUGCAGCGGCUCUGGGCCCAGAACCGGAGCUCAGCUGGCACUCCUGAGCGCCUUCCUGCCAGGAGAUGCUCCACUAGACCCCAGCAGGGUCUCUUCCUGGCCAAGACGUGCUCGUCUCCAAGAGCAAGGGAGCCAUGGUGGGCCCCCGAUGGAGCACUGCAGCCUGCCUCCUCUGGAUACUGCUGCUGUGGAGUCAGGACGGCAGCUGCCAGGCCCAGCGGGCAGGCUGCAAGAGUGUGCACUAUGACCUGCUUUUCCUCCUGGACACCUCCUCCAGCGUGGGCAAGGGGGACUUUGAGAAGGUGCGGCAGUGGGUGGCCAACUUGGUGGACACAUUCGAGGUGGGCCCGGACCACACGCGAGUGGGCGUUGUGCGCUACAGCGACGCGCCCACCACGGCCUUCGAGCUGGGCCGCUUCAGCUCGCGCCAGGAGGUGAAGGCAGCGGCCGGGCGCAUCCCGUACCACGGUGGCAACACCAACACCGGCGACGCUCUGCGCUACAUCACGGGCCGCAGCUUCUCCCCGCAGGCCGGCGGCCGGCCAGGAAACCGCGCCUUCAAGCAGGUGGCCAUCUUGCUGACUGACGGCCGCAGCCAGGACCUGGUGCUGGACGCCGCCGUGGACGCUCAUGGGGCGGGCAUCCGCGUCUUCGCCGUGGGCGUGGGCGCGGCGCUGAAGGAGGAGCUGGAGGAGAUCGCCUCGGAGCCCAAGUCGGCCCACAUCUUCCACGUGUCGGACUUCAACGCCAUCGACAAGAUCCGUGGCAAGCUGCGACGCCGGCUGUGCGAGAAUGUGCUCUGCCCAAGUGUCCGUGUUGAAGGAGAUCGCUUCAAGCACACCAAUGGAGGAACCAAGGAAAUCACAGGUUUUGACCUGAUGGAUCUGUUCAGUGUGAAGGAAAUCCUGGGGAAGAGAGAGAACGGAGCCCAGAGUUCCUAUGUGCGGAUGGGAUCCUUUCCAGUGGUGCAGAGGACUGAAGAUGUGUUUCCACAAGGUCUCCCUGAUGAGUAUGCCUUCGUCACCACCUUCCGGUUCCGGAAAACAUCUCGGAAAGAAGACUGGUACAUCUGGCAGGUCAUCGACCAGUAUGGCAUCCCCCAGGUCUCCAUCCGGCUGGAUGGCGAGAACAAGGCGGUGGAGUACAAUGCGGUGGGCGCCAUGAAGGAUGCUGUCAGGGUGGUGUUCCGAGGUCCCCGUGUCAAUGUCCUCUUUGACCGAGACUGGCACAAGAUGGCCCUGAGCAUCCAGGCUCAGGACGUUUCCCUGUACGUUGACUGUGCACUGGUGCAGAUGCUGCCCAUUGAGGAGAGAGAGAACAUUGACAUCCAGGGCAAGACAGUGAUCGGCAAGCGCCUCUACGACAGUGUGCCCAUCGAUUUCGACCUGCAAAGAAUUGUAAUUUACUGCGACUCCAGACAUGCAGAGCUAGAGACUUGUUGUGACAUCGCGUCUGGCCCAUGCCAGGUGACUGUGGUGACAGAACCUCCACCUCCACCCCUGCAGCCGCCCACUCCUGGCAGUGAACAGAUUGGGUUCUUGAAGACCAUCAACUGUUCCUGCCCACCUGGAGAAAAGGGUGAAAGGGGCUUUGAUGGCCCUGUGGGACUCCCUGGUCCAAAGGGAGACAUGGGAAUCACUGGGCCAAUGGGCAGUCCUGGACCCAAGGGAGAGAAAGGGGACACGGAAUCCCUGGGCCUUCCUGGUCCUCCUGGGAGAGAUGGCAGCAAAGGCAUGAGAGGAGAGCCAGGAGAGCCGGGGGAGCCAGGACUGCCUGGAGAGGUGGGCAUGCGGGGUCCCCAAGGACUGCCUGGACUUCCAGGGCCUCCCGGGCACGUUGGGGCUCCGGGACUUCAAGGAGAACGAGGCGAAAGGGGGAUUCGAGGAGAAAAGGGAGAGCGAGGCCUGGAUGGAUUCCCUGGGAAGCCUGGGGAGACAGGAGAGCAGGGAGGACCUGGCCCUCCUGGUGUAGCAGGACCCCAGGGAGAGAAGGGAGACGUGGGACCUGCAGGACCGCCUGGCGUGCCGGGCUCUGUGGUGCAGAGAGAAGGCCUGAAGGGUGAACAGGGAGCUCCAGGUCCAAGAGGUCACCAGGGCCCACCUGGGCCACCAGGAGCUCCAGGUCUGAUGGGUCCAGAAGGCAAGGAAGGACCUCCUGGUUUGCAGGGUCUCCGAGGGAAGAAAGGUGACAUGGGUGCACCAGGACUCCCGGGAUCAUCGGGGCUGCAGGGUCCCUCAGGACCCCCCGGUAUCCCUGGCCCCCCCGGACCUGGCGGCCCCUCGGGUUUACCUGGAGAGAUUGGCUUCCCGGGCAAACCUGGGGCUCCUGGGAAUCCUGGGCCACCUGGAAGGGAUGGGCUGCGUGGACCACCAGGCCUGCCAGGAUCCAAGGGAGAACCAGGAGAAAGAGGAGAAGGUGGCCUGGCUGGGAAGCCUGGACCUCGGGGUGAAGUUGGGGAGCAAGGCCUCGCAGGCCAGUCUGGAGACAAGGGAGAAACUGGCCUCCCAGGUGCUCCAGGGCUCCCAGGUGUUCGAGGAGAGAAGGGAGACCAGGGAGAAAAAGGUGGACUGGGACUUCCUGGACUGAAAGGUGACCGAGGUGAAAAGGGUGAAGCUGGUCCAGCAGGCCCCCCUGGGCUACCUGGAACUACUUCCCCGUUCACACCACACCCAAGAAUGCCUCAGGGAGAACAAGGGCCUAAAGGACAGAAGGGCGACCCAGGAGUGCCCGGGGAACUGGGCCCUCCUGGAGAACUAGGUCCUCGGGGACCCACCGGACCUCCGGGUACCAAAGGACAAGAUGGUGCCCAUGGGGCUCCUGGAGUGGCAGGAAACCCCGGCACUCCUGGACCUGCAGGGCUCCCUGGUCCCGGUGGCCUCCCGGGAAGCAUGGGCCCACCUGGCCUCAGAGGCCCCCCUGGGAAAGAUGGGGAGCGCGGUGCGAAGGGAACAGCAGGUGAAGAAGGGAACCAAGGGCCAGCUGGCCCCAGGGGUGAUCCUGGUACUCCUGGGGUCCCCGGGCCACCUGGAAAAGGGAAUGAUGGAGAACGGGGCCCACAUGGAUUGCCUGGACUACCUGGACCCCCAGGAACCAAGGGGGACCAAGGAGCACCCGGGAUCCCUGGCUCUCCUGGCAGCCGCGGUGACCCAGGCAUCGGGGUUGCUGGCCCCACUGGCCCUUCUGGACCACCAGGAGACAAAGGGCCCCCGGGAUCUCGAGGAUUGCCUGGAUUCCCCGGGCCCCAGGGGCCAGCUGGCCAGGAUGGUACACCAGGAAGUCCAGGAGAAAGGGGGCCCCCUGGGAAACCGGGCCCGUCUUCACUACUGUCUCCGGGCGACAUAAAUCUCUUGGUUAAGGACGUAUGCAGUGAGUGCCCUCCUGGUCCACCAGGCCUCCCUGGUCUACCAGGGUUUAAAGGAGACAAAGGCCUCCCAGGAAAGCCAGGCAGAGAAGGCAUGGAAGGGAAAAAGGGAGAAGCUGGAUCCCAAGGCCCCCCAGGGCCCCCAGGAAUAGCUGGACCACAGGGAAACCCAGGAGAGCGGGGUGCAGAUGGUGAGGUUGGACAGAAAGGUGAUCAGGGUCGUCCUGGAGUUCCAGGUUUCAUGGGGCCCCCAGGGAUCCCUGGGCCACCAGGAGCAGAUGGAAUCGCAGGAGCUUCUGGACCACCAGGAAUUCAAGGGCCUCCGGGGAAAGAAGGUCCUCCUGGUCCCCAAGGCCCAUCUGGAAUCCCUGGAAUCCCAGGAGAAGAAGGCAAACAAGGCAGAGAUGGAAAGCCAGGUCCCCCUGGGGAGCCGGGCAAAGUGGGAGAUCCAGGUCUCCCGGGACCGGAGGGACCUCGAGGCUCACCCGGCUUCAAGGGACACACAGGGGACCCUGGUGCUCCUGGUCCCCGGGGAGAACCAGGUGCCACCGGGCCACCUGGCCAGGAAGGGACACCAGGAAAAGAGGGUGACACUGGACCUGCAGGGCCACAGGGUCCCCGAGGACCAAGGGGCCCACUGGGAAACAAUGGAUCACCAGGCUCCCCAGGUGACCCUGGCCAUCCAGGAACCCCCGGCCAGAAGGGAAGCAAAGGAGAAAAUGGCAACCCAGGACUUCCUGGCUUCCUGGGCCCUCGAGGGCCUCCGGGAGAAGCAGGAGAGAAAGGUGUGCCAGGCAAAGAGGGUACUCCUGGGAAACCCGGAGAACCAGGAGCCAGAGGAGAAAGGGGAGACCCUGGGAUCAAAGGCGACAAAGGACUGCCUGGUGGGAAGGGUCAGCCUGGGGACCCUGGAAUCCCAGGCCACAAAGGUCACACAGGUCUGAUGGGCCCCCAAGGACCACCUGGGGAAAGCGGACCAGCCGGGCCCCCAGGGCCUCCGGGCCAGCCUGGAUUUCCAGGACUGAGGGGGGAGUCUCCAUCUGUGGACACCCUGCGGCGGCUUAUUCAGGAAGAGCUCGGGAAGCAACUGGAGAGUAGACUUGCCUACCUCCUGGCCCAGAUGCAGCCUGCACACAUGAAAGUCUCACAAGGCAGACCCGGUCCUCCAGGACCCCCUGGAAAAGAUGGUGUUCCUGGCAGGGCAGGACUCAUGGGGGAGCCGGGCCGACCUGGCCAGGGGGGUCUGGAAGGACCAUCUGGGCCAGUAGGUCCCAAAGGUGAGCGAGGAGCCAAAGGUGAUCCAGGUGUACCUGGAGUUGGCCUCCGAGGCGAGACGGGAUCCCCUGGCAUCCCAGGUCAACCUGGGGAGCCUGGCUAUGCUAAGGAUGGAGUCCCAGGGAGUCCUGGCCCUCAAGGGGAGACAGGACCUGCUGGACACCCUGGCCCUCCAGGCCCUCCUGGCCCCCCUGGCCUGUGUGACCCCUCCCAGUGCGCCUACUUUGCCAGCCUUGCAGCCCGGCCGGGCAAUGUGAAGGGCCCCUAGAAGAUUCUAGAAAAUCAGAAGACUGCAGUGGAUUUCUGAAAUUUGAGCUCAUAGCCCAAAGGGACACCAGAGGCCUUGAAACAUUUCAGCUCCUUCCUUCCCUCCUUUCCUCUCUCCCUUCCUUCCUUCCUCCCUUCCUUUCUUUCUUCCUUCUUUCCUUUCUUCCUUCUUUCUCUUUCAUUUCAGUUUCUUGAGAGACCUCAGAAUUAUUAAAAUCAACAGAUGCUGCCGAUUAUCAGAUUAUUAUAUUAUUACCUUUAAUUAUUAUAUUAUUGUGUCAUAUGCUGAUGCUUGUGAGUGUUUUCCCUCCCCUCUCAAACCAGGAACGUGAGACAGUGGGCAGGAGGUGUUUCCCACUGCCCCUGACAGCACCAUCUGAAGCAGGGCUGCUAAUUUUAGAGACUCUUGGUGCUAUGAAGCCCUGACCAGAUACUUGCAGAAUUUACCUCUUUCCCCAAAAGCAAACUUUGAGAAGUGGAGCCGAGAAGCUUCUGCUGUCAGCUGUACCCAGAAGUCACUCAGGAGGAAAUAAUCCCCAAAUCACCACCUCCCAGGGAAGCAGGAAGAAGGACUUGUGGGCAUGAGGAAUGUUCUAGCCUGUGCAGGGAAAGCAGAGCAGAGAGCAGUGCCGGCCCUCGGUGGACAGCCGGCGUCCACAGUGUUUCAGCAGGGAGGCGAUGUUAUGGGGGUGGGCAGUGGCUCAGUGAGAUCCUAUGUUUGAGCCACCAAUAGGGAAAUGGGGGUUGAAGCAGCAGCUGGAGAGUGAAUUUGUUUUCAAACCAUGGGUAGGGUGCCUUUGAAUCCUUCUUGUUGGUUUUCAUCAUAUUAAUUGUCAAAUAAAAAUGUUCAGUGGCUGCCCCAGUUUCCCUGAUGGUGGGCUAUUGGCUGUGGCACUGACUGAGGACUCUUUGUCCAGGUUCUGACUCUGCAAUAAUUGCCUUACCUGUAUGUGUGUGUGACACGCCUGGCAUGGGCAGGUGCUCAAUAAACCAGAGUUUCCUUCUUA